AUGCACGAAAUCGAAGAGCGGAAAAGCACACCGCCACCUCCGUACAGUCCGGAGCGACCACCGCCACCUUAUUCGAAGACCAAGCUUGAGAAUGCUGCCAAGAAUGAUAACAAAAAUGAAGAAAUAAAAGGGGCGAAUCGACAAUUACCUGCUCCACCUCUCCCAUGUACUCCGUUUUCCAGUGGUUCUGUUACCGCUACCGUAUAUCCGCGCCCCGCUUCACCGCCAACUACUGUUGUUAGCACAUCUGAGGGCAUUAAUCCUGCAUCUUCAGGCUAUAGCUCCUACGCUCAUUCUCUUUCUCGCCCCUGA